AUGUAAAGUGAAUAAUUGAGUGAAUAAAAAUUGUAUGCUUGGGGAAGUGCUGAAUGUGAUCAAUUUUUAGCUAAGGAUGAGGACGAUGAGGAAGUAUAUGAAGUCAAGAGACCAUAUCAAAUACAAACAUUGAAUAAUCUGUCUAUAACUUAAGUGGCAUGUGGAGGAAUGCAUGCACUCUUAUUGACAUCAUAAGGAAAAGUGUAUUCCUUUGGAUGCGAUGACAAGGGUAUGCUUGGCAGACCUAAAAUAGAAGAAUAGGACGCUCGAGUUCCAGCUCUGAUUAUAGACCUUCCUCCUGUUGAUAUGAUUGCUUGUGGUAGUUCUCAUUCAAUUGCUGCAAAUUCUAAUGGUUUAGUAUAUUUCUGGGGGUUUUAUGCAAAUACUCACGGUCCUAUUGGAGAACCCGUGUAAAAGCCAAAAAAGAUGGAUAAUAUUACAGAGGGGAUAAAAAAAAUACUCUGCGGUUAAAAUCAUACUAUGGUAUUAUUGGAAAGCCAAAAAUUACUCACUUGGGGUGAUGCAGAAACUUUAGUAAUAGGUAGAAAAAGUGAAACUAGAAGAUCUAUUAUUCAAAAUUUAAAUCCACAACCUAUCAAGAUGAAAAAACCAAUCUUAAACAUUUUUACAGGGGCUUCUCAUGCAUUUGUUAAAGUUUAAAUGAAAGAUAACAAAGUUGGAAUUUAUGGGUGGGGAUUAAAUAACUAUGGAUAAUUGGGAAUUAGUAAUCAAGAAAAUUAAUAAUUGCCUGUAUUCGUCGAAUUUUUUAAUAAUAUUGAUGUUAUUGAUAUGGUGGGAGGAGAACAUCAUACUAUUGCAUUAGAUUCUGAAGGAAAUCUUUACUCAUUUGGUAGACAUGAUGAUGGACAACUAGGAUUAGGAGAAGAAAUCAAUUAAAAAUUAAAAGAACAAGCAUAAAAAUAAUUAGAAGAAGAAAUGUAAUCAUAAAAACUCAAUGAAGGAAAUAAAAAAAAAAUAAGCAAGAAAAAUAAAUAAUAAGGGGAACUCUUCGAAAUCUAAAAGUCAGAUAAAGUUAUUGGAUAUGAAUUUAUCACUGCUCCAUAAAUGAUCUAAGAUAUCCCAAAAAUGUAAUCUAUUUAUUCUUCCAUGCAUUUUAAUUUUGCAAUCUCUCAAUAAAGUUAAAUAUUCUCCUGGGGAAAUGGCUAAAGUUUUGUACUUGGUACCAGAAAUGAAAAUUCCCAAUUCAAACCUAAAGAUAUUACUACCAUCUUAAAAAAUGAAAAGCUUUUAUAUAUAUCACUUGGUGCUAGUCAUGUGAUUGCAUAUACAUCAACAGAUUUAAACUACAAUACUUAAAAAAUUGAUGAGUCAAUCAUAAAAAUACAAGAUUAAAACACAAAAUAUAAAAAACCUAGAAAAAGCAAUAGCAGAGAUAUAAGCAAGGAAAGUAGUAUGAAAAGAAGUGUAUAAAAAUUUGAUGACAGUUUAAUUCCAGUUAAAGAUUUGAAAAUAGAUUGAUAUAUGAAUCUUAAGUUUAAUCAAUUUUAUAUAUAAACACAUAUAAUUUA